GGAGGCGGCCCCGUGGGCAGUCUGAAGCGACAGCCGUUUUGGCAAGACGACGACAGCAGCAGCGGCAACCCGGGGUUUCUGGGACAGGGUUUCGGGGGUCGGGACUCCCAGUUCUCGCUUCGCAGGGCGUCCACGUCAUCCGGAAGCGGUGGCGGCGGAAGUGGCGGCGGACAACACGGGAACUUCUACCUCGGGGCUCUUCACGAUCCCAGUGGAUCCGGGGUUCAUAUCCCGAGGCAAGGGUUCGGCCGAGGCAUGCCCAUGAUGAGGGCGUUCAGUUCGAGCCAGGAGCACCUGGGCGUGUCCAUGGGCCCGUAUCACCACACCAGAGGCCAUUCUUUCCACGACACUGGGUUCGGGAUGCACCCGGGACUCGGUCAGCCGUGGCCACCAGGGCGACAACAUUUCGGCACCAUCUCGGCCAUGGGUCUCCAGCAGCAGCAGCAGCAGCAUCACGGGCCAGGGCCGAAUAUGGGUCCCAGGGGAUCCCCUGUGGGUCAGAGCUACGCUCCUCCGCCGCCGGCACCCGGGAUCGGCGUCGGGGAUUUCGGCGGCAAGAAGAUGAACAACCCGGGCCAGUCACAGCAAAUAAGAGACCCUAUAAUGGACAAGAUCGGCAUGCGAACCGGUCGAUCGUCUCUCAUGAAGAAGGACUUCAACGAGCAGCAGCAGCAACAACAGCAACUUCCCUCUUCCCUCUUAUCAGACGCCAAAAUCGACAACAACGACGCGUCAUCCCGUCGACAGCAACAGCACCACCAUUCCAAUAAGCGCAAGCUCGUCCUUUCGGCGGAUCCGUCGUCGUCAGCAACUGACGCCGCCGCCGCCGCCGCGGAUGCCGCCCUCACCGGCAACGAAAUCACGUCCGUUUGCAACACCAUCACUUCCGCCACUGCUUCUUGGACGCAUCGCGCAAACGAAUCCCUUUUCGACGACAAUGACGACAACAACACCGAUUUCCGUCGCCAGCAGCAACAGCAGCAGCAACAACAACAACAACAACAACAACAACAACAACAACACGCUUUGUCGAAAGAAGAAAGGGAAUUGCUGCAUGAGCUUGAGCAUCCCGAGGCCGUGAUUGAAAUGGACCCAGUGUUGUCCCAGUUCCAAAGAUCCUUGUCACUGCCCAGGGACUAUGGCAGGAAGUUUGCCAACUGGAAGCAAACUGGGCCAGGGGGUGGGAAUAAUAAUAACAACCCUGGUGGUGGUGGUGGUGGUGGUGGUGGUGCUGAGACUGACCCUGUUUCUGCUGGUCCCACGGAAGUCACAAAGGUACCCGAUGGUGCCAAGGGUGUGGUGCGAAGGACCAAACCCGAGCCGACCAUGAAUAUCAUAACCGGAAAUAAUUUGUCGUUCCAGGGAACAUCCGGAAAGAGUGCCGACGACUUGGACAUGGAACGAGCCUUGCGGAACCCGCACAACCGGCUCAGCACCCCGGAUGUCGUCCGGUCCACCAUGGCCAAAAAGAAAGAGCUGAAGUACAACGAGGAGACGAUCGACAGUGUUCUAGGGAAACCCAAGAAGAUCCUGAUCCCCGAACGCUACGUGCCCGAGGGAGUGGAGAUCACUGAAGAGGAGCAGGCAGCCAGGAGCAAGAAGGCCGAGUCCAUUCGGAAGCUCCUGCUGCUGGAUACGCAAGUGGACGUGUCCGGUGACAUGAAGGGACACAAACGGGCAGAGGACAGGAAAGCGCCGGACGGAGACAAUGGUCGACAGUCGUCGACGUCGUUGUCGACGUCCGCGGCCAAGACGACGACGACGACGACGACGACGUCGGAGAGCCUCAAGGCCCAAGUAGAGGCGGAGAAGCGGAGACGGGAGCACAUGCUGGCCCUCAAUCAGGCCCUGGCCAAGGAGGUUAUCGAACGGGCCAAAGUUGCGGCCGAUGCAACUCGGGAAGAUGAAGACGCCGGGAGUGAGGAGAAGGCAUUGAACACCAGUGAAGAGUCAUCACCUGUCCAACCUCUUCCCCUGGUUCAACAACGAGAAAACUACUUGACCUGAUGUGCGACCCAUUCUGUUGACAUGCUGAACAUUCCCCCUGUCUAGGAAAGCGCAGCGAGAAUUCCUUCAUAGAUAAACGAAUCAUUGACAACAGCACUGAAAAGAAAGGAAAGGGAAAAAAGAACCGAAUUUCCUCGCCGCCGAGAGACAGACGACGACGAACAUGGGAAUUGAAAAACUAGCGGAACAAACAUCCGAAAGGAAAAAAUUUCAAGUGCAAAUAAUAAAACACGAGGAAGGAGAGAAACAAUCUUUCUGUGCUUCCGUUGUUGUUUUUUUUUUCUAU